AUGCUCAUCUCCAGACGCAUCGAUAGCUUCAUUCAAUUCACUAUCGUCCUCCUUUACAGCGGCUCGAGUAACCGGCUGGCUUCGCUUUUUGGUUACUUUGUCUGCCUUCUCCAGGCAGGUGCCAUCGAGGAAAAGGGGAACCGAGCGCGAGCACGACCGAUGCCUCCCAAGGGCGGAAAAAAGAAGGCUACAACAACGUCUGACGGCACAUCUACUCCCCAUAUUCCGAGUCUAGCGGAACAAUUAUCAUAUCUCCAUGAGCCUAGACCUUUCAAGAACCCAUACUAUACGAAGAAUGUCAACCGUCGAGCCAAGAACCUGAAAAAUGUUCUCACCCAGGAAAGAGAACGUGAAAGGGCAGAGAGAGAGCGACGCCUUCAAGAAAAGGCCGAUGGUGGAAGUAUGGACAUCGAUGGCGAACCGGAGGAAGAGAUUCCCACCUACACCUCUAUUGAAGCCUCGCCCUCGUUUCUUCCACAGAAACAUUGGUGCGAUAUAACAGGACUAGAGGCUCCCUAUACUGAUCCAACCACUGGUCUGAGAUAUCAUGAUAAAAACGUGUAUGCUUUGAUCAAGGGGAUGAGCGCAAGCAUUGCAAAAGACUACCUGUCAGCGCGUGGGGUGCAUUCUGUGGUGAAAUAAGGCGUGGAUCCUUUUUGUAUAGUUCAUUAUGUAUAUAUGCGAGGAUUUUCACGCCGUCCUCAUUGAUCGGACGGCCUUACGCCCACUUCUCAGAUCCCAAUACCCAUGGCUUCAACAUCUUCCAGCUUCAUUUCAUCGACUCGACGUUCUUUCACUCGGAAGUUGGAAGGCGUUGAGAAUUGGUCGAGAAGAUAAAUUUCGGAGUGCAGUCCAGAAUAUCAAUGUUUCAUCGGAUACGUCCACCCUGUGAUCAGCUGGCUUCAAUGCCUCAACGCCAGGAAUCCGUU